AUGAUCAGUGUGGUUUUCCAGCUGGGCAGUACAGUGAGGCCUCAAACAAAAGGUAUCUGGAUGUGGUGUUUGACUCACCCAACAAAACCAAAUUUCACCUUGGUCCUUCUGGACACUGAAGGUCUGGGUGAUGUGGAAAAGUGUGAUCCUAAGUAUGACUCGUGGAUCUUUGCCUUGUCCAUUCUACUCAGCAGUACCUUUGUCUACAACAGCAUGGGAACCAUCAACCAGCAAGCCCUGGACCAGCUGCAGUAUCCUUCCUGGAAAAGAAUACUCAUGCUCUAUGUUACUGAACUAACAGAGCUAAUCAAGGCAAAGUCUACUAAGAAGUCUGAUGAAAUGGAUGACUCUGAUGAAUUUGUGAGUUUCUUUCCAGACUUUGUUUGGGUUGUUAGGGAUUUCAUUCUGGAGCUGAAGUUAGAUGACCAGCCCAUCACAGAGGAUGAAUAUCUAGAGAAUGCCUUAAAGCUUAUUCCAGGCAAGAAUCAGAAAAUUCUAAAUGCCAACUUGCCUAGGGAGUGCAUUAGACAUUUCUUUCCAAAACGCAAAUGUUUUGUCUUUGAUCGACCUACAAAAGAAAAGGAACUCUUAAUUCAUUUUGAAGACUUGCCAGAAGACCAGCUGGAUUGCAAUUUCCAAGUGCAAUCCAAAAACUUUUGCUCCUACAUCUUUGCCAAUGCAAAACCCAAGAACUUGAGGGAGGGAAUUAUUGUCACUGGGAAACGACUGGGGACUCUGGUGGAGACUUAUGUCAGUGCUAUCAACAGUGGAGCAGUGCCAUGUUUGGAGAACGCUGUGACCACCCUGGCCCAGCGAGAGAACUCAGCAGCUGUGCAGAAGGCAGCCGACCACUACAGCCAGCACAUGGCUCAGCAAUUGAGGCUCCCCACUGAGGACUUCCAGGAGCUGUUGGAUGUGCAUGCGGCCUGUGAGAGAGAAGCCAUUGCAGUCUUCAUGGAGUUAUCAUUCAAGGAUGACAAGUGGGAAUUUCAAAAGGAUCUGAUGAACACCAUAGAGAGAAAGAAGGAUAAUUUCAUCCAGCAGAAUGAAGAUGCAUCUAGCAAAUACUGCCAGAAGGAGCUGAAGAAAAUUUCCCAGUCUUUAAUGGAAAGCAUUUCCAAUGGCACUUUCUUUAUACCUGGAGGGCAUAAUUACUACUUGGAAGGCAAGAAAAAGAUUGAACAGGACUACAAGCUAUUGCCCAGGAAAGGGGUAAAGGCAAAUGAGGUUCUCCAGAUCUUCCUGCAGUCCCAGGAUGCUAUAGAAAAAUUGAUCCUACAGUCAGACAUAGCUCUCACUGAUGGAGAGAAGGACAGAGCAGGUACUGGGCAAGGUAACACUUUCAGAAGAGGGGGUUGUUUCCUGAAAACCUUAACUGAUGGACAUGAAGAUCUUUAUGAAAGGAGCUUCCUGUUCUACACUGGAAUGUACAAGAUGCUAAAUCUGAAAAAUAAGAGGUCAGCUCUAGUCAUAGCCAGUGUGGCAACACAUUUCCAUGUCAUUCUCACAUGUGCCUGGGUUUGAUCAUUGGAAAAAUUCAGAGACAGUUUGGGUUCUGAUCCCAGUGGGUUAGGGUUAAGGCUUGAUUCUUGUUGUUUUCUUCUCUAAAACCAAUGUGGAAUAGCUGAGCGAGCUGCAAAGGAAGCAGCUGAGAAGGAGCUGGAGGUGCUAAGACAGGAACAGAAGGAG